CAUCACCAUAUUUAGCAAAGAUUUCUAAUACCUAUGAAUACAUUCUUUGGAAUACAAAUCAAAAGUGUGUUGUCAAUGAUGGUGAUACAAUCAUGUUGACAAUAAAAGAUGUUGGUGGUGAUACUUUGUGUGUAGACGGAAUCAAAGCUGAUAAUUCAAUAAAAGUUGAAUUCCAGUACAAAACGCGAUCGUGUGUAAUCGAUACAUUAAAAUCGACACUGAUAAAUGAUUUAUUAACAAACAAUGAACAAUUAUUAUCAUAUUUACAGAAUAAUCAAAUAGCGAAAGAAAAUUUAGUACUUGUGUUAGAUAAUGAUGACCAUAAAAACCAACAGAUUUUAACAGCACAAGAUGAUGAUUUUAAACGACCAAUUGGAGAUUUUCUCUGUUUGAAUUCCGAACAAAACGAAGUUGUUAAUUUUCGAAUUGUAACAUUAAUAACAAUAAUCAAAUACGGUCAUAAUGAUCAGCAACGGAAAAAAAUGCCAGUUUUUGAUCGAAAUUUAACAUUAAGAGAAAUAACAAACCUCAAUGAUGAUGAAUAUUUGGCUAACAAAAAUGGAAUGGAAAUAAUUGACAUUCAUACAGUGAAUUUGAGGAACACGUUUUUAGUAUUUGAGUACAUCAGU